ACUCGAAAUCCAGGCCCUAAAGAUGUCGUGGAUUUCUCUCAAACUUGGUACAUGGGCAUUUUCUGACAUGGCUGUGUGGUUAAGGGCAAUGCCAGCUGAUACAUCAGCUGCGGAAGAGACAUUAGUGCAGUGUUACAAUAAAGGAUGUGGUCAGAAGUUUGAUCCGAAUACGAAUACUCCUGAUUCCUGUCUCUACCAUCCCGGACCACCAUAUUUUCAUGAUGCCUACAAAAUCUGGAACUGUUGCAACAAGAAAAGCACAGAUUUCAGUACUUGGCUGAAUUUUCCGGGUUGUACUCGUGGGAAGCAUAAUCCCGAAAAACCAGCAGACAUUGUGAAAGUCGCCGCCGUGAAAGAGAUCCGGCCAGAGAAGGAAGAAGAAGUUAUUGUUUGGAAAGGUCUAAAUAAACCAGCUGAACGGAAAGCGGAACAAGAAAGAAAAGAGGUUCCUCUUACUAUUGAAACGACUCCCGCAGCUCAUGCGGCCAUACAACGUUGGCGUGAUCAACAAGCUGGCAAGGCUAAAGAUGAAGGUUUGCGUAUUGGUGCACCGUGCAGAAACAAUGCUUGUGACAAGUCUUAUUCCGGGCCGGAAUCCGACGAAACCCCAUGUAUACAUCAUCCUGGUCAAGCAAUAUUUCACGAAGGCAUGAAGUAUUGGUCUUGUUGUCAAAAGAAAACCUCAAACUUCAAUGCUUUCCUACAACAAGGAGGAUGCUCAAAAGGGAAGCAUCAGUGGAGUGCAAAUGAAAAGGUGGAUCAUGUGCGAGAUGAUUGGUUUUCGGCUAACGGAUUGAUCACCAUUAAUGUUUAUUGUAAGGGCGCUUUACCUGAAGAUGUACGUGUCACAAGCGAUGGACAAAUGCUGCGUCUGCACAUUGUGCACGGGUUUGGAAAGAAGGAAACGGAUUUGAUAUAUGAUUUAUGGGGAGAAGUUGUUUGCGAGGAAAGCAAAGCUAUUGUAGGAGAAAGGAAGGUAGAGGUGAUAUUGAAGCAGAAAGACUUGGCUGGUUGGCCACGUUUACGCUACGAUCCAGCUUUAGAUACUAGGGAAGGGAAAGAAGAGGAAGUGAAGGCACACUAUUUAAGAAUGAAUCGUGCUCGUGAUCAAGGUGCUACGAAUUUUUUCGACAAUAUCAAUCGCACAUUCACUGGGCUGAACGACCAUUUGGAAAAGAAUGUGCAAGAACAUUUGCGUAACGUCUACGCAACUGUUGCAGCCGGUGUUGGUGCAGCCGCCAUUGGAGCAGGAAUUCAUCUAUUCACGAAUAUCUUGAGAGCGAAUUUCCUCAUGGCGUUUGUUUCAAUGGGCUUGAUGUUUGCACUGAUCUCAACUCCACAUACUAGGGAUAACGAAAAGAAACGACUUGCUUAUUACUUUGCCUUUUGCGGACUCUCUGGACUGAGCAUUGGCCCUCUUCUCGAACGUGUGAUUGAGAUUGACCCCUCGAUUGUGCUGACUGCCCUGCUCGCCACAACCACUGUGUUUGGAUGCUUCUCACUUGUUGCUACUUACGCACCAUCGACCAAGUACAUCCAUAUGGGAGGAACUUUGGCCUCAGCUUCACUUUGCCUCUUGUUUGCGGCCUUCUUCGCUUCAUAUUACGUCAUCAUCUUGGGAGGACUUGCUCUGGCGUGCGCAUUUGUCGUUUACGAUACUCAGCUGAUUGCUGAAAAAUCGCGCCGUGGUGAUGACGAUUACAUCUGGCAUGCGAUCGAGUUGUUCAUGGACUUUGCCAAUAUCUUCAGAUACCUAAUUGUUCUGCUCGCUGACAAGAAAGAGAGGGACAACAGAAAAAGAAGGAAUUAGAUUGCAUCGCAAUUCCAUCACUGUCGUUUGAGACCAGGCGCAUCUUCUUCUGGUCCUAUAAAUGUAUUCAUGACUUCUUUUUGCGUCUGUAUUAUCGAAAGUAUAUGCUUUUUUGGUAAUGUAUCUUAAUACAUGAACAGGUUUUUGUAACGAAGCGCAUUCCGACAAAUGGUUCUUCUUCUCGCUUUGAAGAGUAUAACUUGUAGUGAUAAAUAUAUUAUA